AUGGCAGAUGACGCUGCCCACACCACGAGAAAACGUAAACGAGCAUUCAAAGCUUGUCAAAGAUGCAAUUCCCGCAAAGUGAAAUGUGACGCUGCUCAAACAGGAGUACCAUGUUCCCGAUGUCGCGUCGACGGCGCACAGCGAUGUGAAUUCAUCAACUCAAGACGAGGUAAAUAUGAUCGCCGGCGAUCAAAGUCAAAAACUAUGCCUGUGAACGUCUCACCUAGUGUUAUAGGUAGGGACCCAGGGACUGCGCAGCACAGAGCUGACCAUCAUGCCGUCUCUGAGACGACUCCGUCACCCAUAUCUCCAGAACCAAAUACAGCGGCUGGACAUACUUCGCUCGGUACUUCGCCGGCCCAAGGCAUUAACACUCGCUCAUUGACCGUCGUGGAAGAGCCAGGCCCGUCCAGAAGCAAUUCGCUGGCAUUGAUGUUUGAGAAUUUUUUGAAACAGCAAGGCCGUGAUUCUGAAUGCCUUGUGGGGAAAUAUGGCCUCGUCUUGAUGGGAGACUCUUCCCCUCUCACGUUUGCUCUCAAAGAGUUACAGCCUGAAAAGAGAGCUAAGCCGACUGCCCCUUAUGACGGUUCUGUGGCAUCACCGGAGAUUCGCGAACAAGAAAGAAGCCCACGACACCAUCGGUCUACUAGUCAUCCCUCGCACCUGGCUACAGCAGACAUCGCGUACCUUAAGGCCAAGGGUGCCUUCACUACACCAACGCCAGAGUGCUUGAAUGCUCUCAUCGAGACCUUCAUCGAGAAAUUCUACCCCUUGUAUUCCAUCGUCAACAAGUCUGAAUUCCUCAAGCAGUAUCAAUCAGGAAGUCUUCCCUGGAUCCUGCUCCAAGCAGCAUGUCUCAUCGGUGCAACAUAUUGCGAAAUAGGCGUCAUCAAAACCGGAGGCUUCAAAACUCGCCAGAGCGCUCGUCGCUUUUUCUACGAUAAAGCUAAAGUCCUGUACGACGUGGGCUAUGAAACAAAUAGCGUCGUCCUGCUUCAGGCCAUCAUCAUUCUCACCUUCUGGGGCCCUGAUAUGAAGAGUUACUGGAAUCCGUGCUCGUGGGUCGGGGUGGCAGUGACCAUAGCAGAAUCUUUGGCCUUGCAUCGCUCGACGGGGUUCUCCAUGUCUCAUCAUCGAAACCAAGGAUUACUGAGAAGAAUAUGGUGGACCAUCGCUGUCCGAGAUGCCUAUUGCGGUACUCUCCUCGGCCGACCCUUCAGAGUCAACAUGGGUCACUGUGAUGCCGACAUGUUGACCGUAGACGAUUUUGAUGGGGAUGAUGAAUCCCCAGGAUCCCAGCCUAGUUCCCAAAACGACCCGCGCCAUCUUUCCACCCUGUACCAAAUCGCAUUGGCCAAAUUGUCCCUUAUCCUCAGGCAGAUCAUCAACGUGCGAUUCAACGUGGGCUUCUCUGCAACGCCGCAGAGUCUCCAUGAAAUGCUUCGCUGCUGGCGCGCCGAGUUGCCCUCUGCCAUCAAUUGGCCUGACCACGGCUCACCUUCGACCUCCAUCUUUUCCGAAAGCCUCAAAAUUCUAUUUCAUCAUCAUCUGAUUUUCGUCUACCUUUCGCGCCGCGAGGCCGUUCAGUCUAACGCCAUAUUCAACGGUGAUGACGGUGACUACAACUACAUCGAUUCGGACCCCGAGACUUCCGAAAUCGCCGAAUCUGCCGCCCAAACCAUCGCCUCGACGUCAGUCCAUCUCAUGACCAAGUCCCUAGUUCGUUCGCUGCCGCAAGAGGUUUUUCUUGCCUUCUUCGUCGCGGGAAUCGUCUUUUUCCGCUUCAUGAAAAGAUCGCAAUCACAACCACACAAACAGCUUAUCGCACGGCUCGGCCAAGCGGCGCUGGAUCAUUGCCGGAUCGUGCUCAACGAGGUAGGCAAUUGCUGGGAGCCUGCAUUCUGGGGCAUGCGGAUCUUCGAUUUCCUCCUUGCGGGAAUUAGGAAGAGUGGUGCGGCGGAGAGUAACGAGGCUUCAUCUUCAGCGGCCGAACAGCACCAGCAGAUGUCAGCAGUCUCAACUGGGAGCACAGCCGCCGAUACAACACCAUCCGCCACUACAGGGCCUGGUACGGAUACAAAUGCAAUGUACGACAAUAUGAUGAACCCCCCCGAUUGCUUUGCUUUGCAAAAUACCUUCGAAAUGGGCCCGGCGAUCCACGAUCUCUGCAACGCCGCUCAACAACGACAGCUUGAUAUGAAUUUGACGACGCAGCUCUACGACCGAUUUCAAGAUCCUAAGAAUUAUUUUAUGAUGCCGACAGCAAUGUCGUUUGGGACACCGAAUUCAGGAGGUGGUGGAUAUGAUCAUUUCGACAUGUCGCAGUGGUGA